CGAGGCGGGGCGGGGGCGCAGCCGGCGAGGCGGCCGCCCCCGGGGCAGGAUGGUCGGGGAGCGCGGCCGGUGUGGCCCCGGGGCCGGCGGGAGCGAUGGAGCCGCCUGAGGGCUGGGACCCGUACGGGCAGCCGGCCCGAAGGACGCAGUGGCUGGUGAGCGCCCUGGCCUACCACUACGGGCUGGACCGCGGCGUGGAGAACGAGAUCGUCGUCCUGGCCACCGGCCUGGACCAGUACCUGCAGGAGGUCUUCCACCACCUGGACUGCGCCGGGGCGGGCAGGAUCCCCGGCGAGGACUUCCGAACGCUCUGCCAGGUGCUGGGGCUGGAGGAGGCAGCGGCGGCCGACCCCGAGGAGUGCGCGGGGCUGUGGGAGGGCCUCUCGGCCGACCUCACCUUCCGCCAGUUCCACGCCCGCCUCUGCGGCUACUUCAGCACCGCGGCAGGCAGCGCCCCUCGCCGCGCCCCGCCGCGCCUGCCGCUGGGCCGGGAGAGCGAGCACAUCGAGACCCAGAUCCGCCUGCGCAGCCCCCGCCGCCGCCGCCGCCGGGACCCGGUUGGAGCGGGCGCGGCGGGGCGGCCCGGCGGGGGGGAGGCGGCGGGGCGCCGGCGGCCGGCGGCAGGGCCCUGCUCGCCAGAGUGCUACGAGGAGAUCGUGGCGCUGGAGCAGGCCGAGGAUUGCAUCGCCAAGCUGGAAGAGGAGAACGGCAGCCUGCGGGAGCUGGUGGAGGACAUGCGGGCCGCCCUGCAGAGCAGCGACGCCCGCUGCCUGGCCCUGCAGGUAGGACUGCGGAAAAGCCAUGCAAACCAUAAGGAAGAGGGGACCUGUUUUAUAGGGAGUAAAAGACAGGUAACGCAGAACCACUCUCAGACCCAGUGCCUUCAAAGUGUCCUGAAGGAAGUGGAACUUAUCCGGAGCUCCAGGGAUGGGCAAAUUGAAGAAGCAAUUAGGUUCAAUCAGGAGUUGGAAAGAGAGCUGAAGAGCUCUCAGGAAGCUGUGGUCAAUCUGGAAGACUGUAACCGUAAUCUGAAGAGAGAACAAGCAGAAAUGAGGAAGAAGGUUGAAGAGGCAAGACACGCUGUCCUUAACAGUCUUGGCAAAGUGAAGGAGCUAGAAGUGAAAGCUAAUGAAGUGCCACAUCUGCAAACAUACAUUCAGCAGCUGGAAUCAGAACUGCAGCACUAUAGGUCAAAAAUUGUGAGAUUUCCACUUCCCUCAAGAAGCAGCCCAGAGCAGAGAGAGAGAGCAGCCUUACCAGAUGGAAGAUACUGCCUGUCUGUUGCACAAGAUCGACGAUCUCCCACAGGUGGAGCUGGAAUUUCUGAGAAUGAGGAUCAGCUGUUCCGCUCUGUGGAGGGCCAGGCUGCCUCUGAUGAAGAGGAGGAGAAGUGGGCAGGAGACCAGCCACCCCACGUGGACCAAAUGAAGAAAAUACUGGUCAAGCUUCCUUGUUGUGGCAGUGGAUGUGAUGAAAAAAUGUGGAAAAAGCUAAUGUCUUUCUUGGAGACCACCAACGCUGAUGGCUGUGAACUAGCCCCUGUGGAACUUGCAGAGAGAAUCACACAGCUAACUGAACAGCUUGAGCUUAAAGGGCAUGAAGUGAAAAAACUGGAAACAAAUAUGGAAGAGAUCAAAGGCCCAUUGCUAGGUGAAUUGCAGCAAAAGGUGGAGGAGACUGAAUUGUUGAAGAUGGAGCUGCAGAUGUUGGAGACUGAGAGAGUUAGGCUGUCACUGGUGGAAGAAAAGCUCAUGGAUGUUUUACAGCUUCUUCAACAACUUCGAGAAUUGAACAUAUCUAAGCGAGCCUUGGGGAAAAUCUUGCUGAGCACUUUGGAAUCCUGCCGUGACCCCCAACCUGGAAAAGCCCAUCUAUUUGAAGUCCUAGAUACUCUUUACCAUGAGCUGACAUCCUGCAAACUCUUACAAAGCCAGCCUCUGGAGAAGGCGCAGAGUUGCCAGUCCUUGUCUAACCCACUGGUCAUCUCGUGCUGAGCAGCAGUGCCAACUACAACCCACACGACCAGCUGAACAACAGCCCUCGUUCAUUCAAACACCUGAUGAAUAAAUAAGAUUUGUCCAAUUCAACGGACCUCAAUAAUGGAGAAGAGUAAUAGAAUAAUUCAGCCAUGAAAUCAAAGGUAUGCUGCUUCUGGGAAGAAUGCCAGUUCCUCAGCUAACGUCAAAGCCCUCCCUUACAUGAACGAGCAUUCACAUAAUGUGAGGAUUACGUAGCAAUCUCUGUCUCUGAUGGAAGUCUAACCAUCUUUGUAUGAUGGCUCUGUAACUGUACUGGUUAAUGAAAUAAAAACUAUUUCAAAUACACUGACCUGACCUAUUUAGAUUUAUAGCCCUGGUUAUACACUGGCUGGGCACAGUUUCUAGCUUUUGUAAUAGCUCAGUUCAAAAGCAAAUGGCAGCCUGUGUCAUCACUGGCAAGUAAACCACUUCCUUAACAUAGAAGAGACAAAAUGACUGUGGUAUAAACAUACACACGAGUGUAUGCCAGUAGUGCAAGUUUUAAGGGCUCAUGUAUAAAAUGUGUUUGUGUCUGUGAUUCAGUUAUUCACCCUAUUUAACUCUGAAGUUAGAUUUGGUUUUGUUCUGCUGAAUUUUGUAUUUGCAAUUAUAGAGAUGACUUAGAGGUCUGCAACAGUCUUUCCUGAUGAUAGUCUUAGAUUUUACAUUAAAAGUUACAUUUAACUGCCUGAAAAAGGUACAAAGCAAUCUUGUUCCCAGGCUCUCAGGGAAAGGAAGGGCUGAAAAAUUCACUUUGCAACAUCUGCCGUUGUCACAUUAGCAAACAACAUGUGCAGUACACAGCAUUGGUCUCUCAUUUAAUUUCCCUCAGUGUAACUGUAGAGACACAAAACUAGGCCCCACUUGCAGACAAAUUAAUGUAAAAUGCUGGGCCUAAUCACAGUGCCAUGUAGCAUUUUAAUCUGCAAUAAAAUACUUCCUGGGGCAAAAGUAAAAAAAAAAAGUUUGCUUCCAAGAUGCUUUUGCUGUUUCAUUCAACUAUCAAACACAGAGACUAAAGAAGCAGAGUUCUUAAAUGAUCCAACUGAAUUCAUAUUAUUAAGAAAUGCACUGUAGAUCUUUUAAGAAUGUGAAAUUAUUUUCCUAAGAUAAUAAUAGCAAUGAAAUAAGACUGUUCAAUUCAGAACUGUGCAUAUAUGAAUUUUUCCCAGGAAAAUGGUUUUCAUACAGGAAUAAGGUCUGUAUCACAAAACAAUCUGGGGAAUAAGAUUUCCAUUCAUAAUACACUGUAUAGCUUACACACACCUCCAUCGAAAAUUGUGAUACAUUACUUAUCAUUUAGACCCAUGUUGGCAACAAAAAUUUGCAAUAGAUCAUUUCAUUUUAGAGGAGAGAAAAAAAAGGCAUCUUGCAAACAAUGGAACAAACUCUGUUCAAUGGUGUUUUACCCGGGGAUUUUUUUUCUGGGUUAAUGGAGGAAGAUGUUAAGAAUAGAUAUAUAUUUUAAUGUAGAUUUUUCAUUAAGAUAAAUUAGGCAGGACAUAUAUACAUAGUGCAAUAUUCACCCUGUGAGACCAAAAACUCUAUACUAAUACUAAAUAUAAUACUAAUUUAAUGCUAAGCAUAAUAUACUAUUACUUAGUAUAUACUAAACUAUAUGCUAAUACUAUAUACUACAAAAACUAUACACAUGUGCAACAGAUAAAAAUCAAAAUAAGCAGAGGUUAGUUCCCUACUUGAGUUCAUUUUCUAAAAAAACAAGUAUCAGCUUAUGUUUUGUGCAGCUCUCUUAGACUGUGUAUCUAUAAAAAAUGCCAGCAAAUCAUUAAAUAAACAUGAUCUGUGUGUACAGUUAACAGAAGAGACACUUCAGGAAUAGGAUUAUAAUGCAAACACAUACCUUAUUAUGGAUACCCUCAUGUACUCCAGGAUUGUUUUAUCAUUUGAAUUAAUAUUACUUACUGUAUCCACUUUCUCUAUAUACACAUAUAUAUGUGUAUUUGUAUUACAUAUACUAUGUAUACCUUAAGAUUGCUAUGCUAAUUGUAUACUUUUAGUAUCUUCUUCACCACUAAGUUUCUACUUCACUUUCUAAUAUAUUUCUAGAAAUCUAGACUAUUAAGUAAACUGGUGUCCUAAUGGCAAAAUGGGGGAGGAGCAAUAUAGUCUGAGUGAGUACUGCACAGCUUAUCCUAGUGGCAGUUGACCUGUAAUUAGAAACUAGAAAAUGUCACUGGAAACCUAAAUUGGUGUUAAGGAAGAUGCAGACAGUUUAGAUAAAAGGAAGCUUUUGUGAAUACAUAAACAGCAUUUAACUGAUAUAAGAAGCAGCAAAAUCACAUCUUGCUAAAUUAGCUUCAAAUACCUUAGCAUUUUUAUUUCUUUAAGAAAUGCCUAUAGUAGAAUCAUUUUUGAAACAUCAGCAUAUGUUGAUUAAUCUUUUAAUUUAAAAAGCUGAUUAUUUUAACUCCAAAAAGCAAUUAAUAUGGAGCAAGUCAGUCUUGCAGUAUUUCCAUAAAAAGAAUCUGUUCUUCAGGAUGGAUCAAGAAACAGUCCUCAGUCAAAUUCUUGCUGGAAAUCAGAAGCACAGCAAAGCACUGUACUUUGAGACCCCUUGUUUGGUGACCUUAAAAUUGAUUUUUUUCUUAAAUAUUUUUACCUUAAUGUUUUAUACUAAGCCUGUUGGCAGUAUUGCUGAGGCUGAUAAAUAUUUCAUAUGAACCUGUACAUAUAUGUGAUUUUAAAUCAAUAUAAUUGAGAAAUUUCUAGCUCUGCCUCAAAAUCAAGGGUGCUUCUACAGCCAAUUUACUAUGUGGAAGACGCCACACAGUAAUCCUGGGAAGCAAACCCAAAUCUCUAAGUUUUUUAAAAGAUCUAGCUCCUUAAGUCAAGUGAUUACUGCAGAUUUCAGCUACCUUUUUCUACAUGGAACAUAUACAAAGUUUAAACUGACUUUGCAAAAAAAAAUUUCCGUGUGACAGAAAUUGAAAAGAUAACAAAGCACACUCAAAAGCCUUCCAUUUAAAAUGUACAACCCCAAAUCCAGUAUCUCAAAUCUCUGCAAACACUUUAUUUUGUUGUAUGUUUACCAAAUGGUAAUAAAUGCCUAUUUGCUUGCAUGUUGACUUCUCAGUUAAGAAAAAAAAAAACCAUGGAGAGAAUGCAUGUGCUAUAAACUUAAGUGCAAUUGCCUAUCUAAAAUUUUGCAUAAGUAGACAAAGGCCAACAUACCGUAUCCUCCCAACAUUUCCUUGUUCAGUAGGAAAACAAGUCUGGAGAAGUACACAUGACAUGUCACCAGGUGAGACCAGAGCCCUGCUGUACAGUUUCCACCUGGUAAGAGUUACUUAGGUCUUGCCUGUAGAAGGGACCUGUACUACUUCGAUUUUUAGUUAGAAAGCCAAUGGGCAUCCAUAAAAGGGCUAAAGCAACCUAAUUAUGCUGACCUUGAGGCACUCUGGUUGAAUUCUGGCCUUAUACCAUGCCUGAGAUUUUAUCUCCUCCCCAGCACGCCCAUUCCUUAUUCUAGUAGAUUUGGUUUCUUCUCUGAAGAAUAAUUCCGGUCUUACAGAAAGAAGAGUUUACUCCCAGUUGUAUCUGCUGGGACUACCUAAUGUAAUUCGCCCCAGCAAGAGAGUUAUUCUUCGUCACCUCUUCUAUAUGUCCUUUCCUCCUUCAUCACUAAUUGCAGAGCAAUAAUUCCCUCAGACUCACAGAUUUUGUACUUUAAGACUGGUGUCCAGUCUUUCCCUGAAUGAGCUGCCUGGAGUGUUCUCAGCACUCCAAAUCCCCACUCCUACAAGUCUCAAGGAAUGUGCCAUUUCUCCUGCUCACAUCACCUAAACCUGGCAGUUUAGCUCUCAGACUUUGCUCAUAUACUGUGUUGGCAUUUCCUCAGCAGUUCAACAUUAGAUCUCCACAAAUUGUGAUUAAGCUCGCUUUCUUAGCAGUCACCUUCUUAAUUUAUUGAUUUUGUAUUAAAACUGCUAAUUGGCCUUAACAAGGAAGCUGAGACAUUUCCUCCACUGAUCUCCACUGUGUUUCCACAAAACAAGCUUUCUGAUUUGACUUCAUUCUCAAAUUACUUUCUCCUCCCAAUGCCUUCCUCAUUUUAUCAUUUGGCUUAUUUCUCACUGAGAUAACCUGAGCGUCUGCACACUUCUAGCACAAGUUACAUUUUUCAAGAAGAGUUUCCUCCUCCCAUUAUUUUUUACUUUAUAUGAGGUAUUAAUUAUUAGGAAAUUAAAGUCCACCUGAUAUAUAAAGUUAUUGAAUAAUUGUCCAAUUUAUUUUCACUGAAGCUCUCUCUGAAGUAUCUGGCAGUGACCACUCAUCACAGAUAUUACACUGAUUCACAAAACUUUCGCACCAAAUCAGUUUGGCUGUCUCCAGCCAGAGCUACUCCAAGAGGUUGAUGGCAUUUGUACACACUUUUGGAAGGCAAUAAUCCUUGGCACCUCUAUGUUUAAAAUUGCUGAAUUUCUUGGAAUUAAAUCUCCUCCCUUCCACGAUACUGUCCAUUAAUCUACUACAUGGUACAUUUCAAUGAUGAAAGGCUGUUUAGACUUCAUUCUUUGUUUCCAUCGUAUUGUUAAGAAGAAGGGAACACUUUCAAACAGUGCUGCAUAAAAUAGAAUUGCUUGGUAUAAGAGAAUGACAAUAAACAUUCACAGCACAUGUGACACAUUGCAUUACCAGCCAAAGGGUUUCUCUUAGAUUUAUAAUUUCAUGGAGUUUAAGACACUGAAUCCUUUAAUAUUUACAUUAUGUUAUUUGCUUACUAAUUUUACAUAUAAUUCCACAUAAAAAAAAAGCUAUAGAAUGUGUUUCUUAGCAUGAAAUUCAGUUGAAAAUUGAAUCAUCCUUAUUUCCUGAAUUACACUUUACUUUCAAGAGGCCAGAUUUUCAGAGUUCUGUUUGGUUUCUAUUCUACUUUUCUGGCUCUUCCAUAAUACACCAGCAGAAACGUUCUUACACAUUUCCCAUGGUACUGUCAGUUACAGCAAUUUGGUGGCUCUAAAUUGUGGCUUUUGCA